AAAAAUCAUUAUAUUUUCUUCAUUCUUCUCAGUCCCUCCCUCCAUAGUAAUUUCUGAAAAUUCCGUUGAUAAAAAAAUGGGGAUAUUUGAACCUUUUCGUGCAAUUGGAUACAUAACAAGCACUGUCCCUUUCUCUGUUCAACGUUUAGGCACUGAAACUUUCGUCACCGUCAGUGUUGGCAAAUCCUGGCAGAUUUACAACUGUGCCAAGCUCAGCCUUGUUCUUGUUGGCCCUCAACUUUCAAACAAGAUUCGGGCUCUGGCAUCUUAUCGUGACUAUACAUUUGCUGCAUAUGGAAAUCGUAUUGGUGUAUUCAAGCGUGCUCAUCAGGUGGCUACAUGGAUCAGACAUGAGACCAAGGUCAACUUGCUGCUUCUGUUUGGAGAACACAUCCUUAGUGUUGAUGUAAAAGGCAAUGUUUUCAUAUGGGCGUUCAAAGGAACGGAUGAAAAUCCUGCUCCAGUUGGUCAUAUCUUGCUAGAUGGCGAAUUCACUCCAAGUUGUAUUAUGCAUCCAGACACUUACUUAAACAAGGUGAUUCUUGGAAGUCAGGAUGGUUCACUUCAGCUUUGGAACAUCAGCACAAAGAAGAAACUUUAUGAAUUUAAAGGCUGGAAAACCUCUAUAUCUUGUUGCGUUUCUUCUCCCGCUUUAGAUGUCAUUGCUGUUGGCUGUGCCGAUGGAAAGAUUCAUGUUCACAACAUCCGUUUUGAUGAAGAACUUGUUACGUUUAGUCAGUCUACUCGAGGUGCUGUGACUGCUUUGUCAUUCAGAACUGAUGGUCAGCCUCUUCUAGCAUCUGGAGGUUCAUCUGGUGUCAUCAGCAUAUGGAAUCUUGAAAAGAGGAGACUGCAAUCUGUUAUUAGAGAUGCUCAUGAUAGUUCUGUGAUUUCAUUGCAUUUUUUUGCUAACGAACCAGUUCUAAUGAGUACAUCUGCAGACAACUCUAUAAAGAUGUGGAUAUUCGAUACAACUGGUGGUGAUCCUCGUUUGUUAAGGUUUCGAAGUGGACACAGUGCACCACCUCUCUGUAUAAGGUUUUAUGCUAACGGGAGACACAUUCUAUCGGCUGGUCAAGAUCGUGCUUUCCGCCUUUUCUCUGUUAUUCAGGAUCAACAAAGUAGAGAACUUUCUCAGCGUCAUGUAACCAAAAGGGCAAAGAAACUCAAAUUGAAGGAAGAAGAAAUAAAGUUGAAGCCUGUGAUCGCAUUUGAUGUUGCUGAAAUUAGGGAAAGGGAUUGGUCAAAUGUUGUUACAUGUCAUAGAGAUACUCCGCAUGCUUAUGUCUGGAGGCUACAAAAUUUUGUGCUUGGAGAGCACAUUCUGACACCUAGCACAGAUAUUAAAGCUCCGAUUAAGGCAUGUGCUAUCAGUUCAUGUGGCAACUUUGCAAUAUUAGGCACAGCAGGUGGUUGGAUUGAGAAGUUUAAUCUUCAAUCGGGCUUGAGCCGAGGAUCUUAUGUGGAUGUUUCAGAAAAAAGUUCUGCUCACAGUGGAGAGGUGGUUGGUGUUGCUUGUGAUUCAACAAACUCCCUACUGAUCAGUGCCGGAUAUAAUGGUGAUAUAAAGGUUUGGAGUUUUAAAGGACGUGAGCUGAAAUCCAAGUGGGAAAUAGGUUACACAGUGGUUAAGAUAAUCUACCACCGUUCUAAUGGUCUUUUGGCUACUGUUACGGAUGAUUUAGUUAUUCGUAUGUUUGAUGUUGUUGCACUAAAACUGGUUCGUAAGUUUGAAGGUCAUACUGAUAGAAUCACUGACAUUUGUUUUAGUGAGGAUGGAAAAUGGCUUUUGUCGUGUAGUAUGGAUGGCACUCUUAGGAUUUGGGAUGUUAUUCUAGCAAGACAGAUUGAUGCUAUACGUGUUGAUGUACCUAUCACUGCUUUGUCUAUGUCACCAAAUAUGGAUGUUUUGGCAACAACUCAUGUUGAUCAGAAUGGUGUCUACCUGUGGGUAAACCAGACGAUGUUUUCUGGACCCACACAUAUUGAUUCAUAUGGAAGUGGAAAGGAAGUUGUGAAUGUUAAAUUACCAUCCAUAUCUUCAGUAGAGGGUUCAAAAGAUGACGUUUCUGAUAAACCUGCUUUAAGCAACUCUCAGCCUGAAGCCAUUACUCACGUUACACUGCUUGAUCAACAAAUCCCAGACCUAGUCACACUUUCACUGUUGCCUAAGAGUCAGUGGCAAAGCUUGAUAAAUUUGGACAUCAUAAAGGCCCGCAACAAGCCAAUCGAGCCUCCAAAGAAACCUGAAAAGGCACCUUUCUUUUUGCCUUCGAUACCAUCUCUCUCUGGUGAAAUAUUAUUUAAAGCAAGUGAAACGACUAAUGAUAAGGCCAUACAAGCUGAUCAGCUUGAUAAAUCUACUCGGAAUACAGAUUUUUCCUUUUCGCCGUUUGUACAGUUUCUCAAGUCAUCUGCUGAAACGAAAAACUUUGAGGCGUACACAGAUUAUCUAAAAAGUUUAUCCCCGUCCACAUUGGAUAUGGAAUUAAGGAUGCUUCAGAUCAUUGAUGAUGAUGAUGAUCAAGAACCUGAAAAGAGACCAGAGCUACUUGUCCUUGAACUUAUACUCGAAUAUUUAAUACAUGAAAUCUCAUGCAGAAACAACUUUGAGUUCAUACAGGCUCUAAUUCGACUGUUCUUGAAGAUACAUGGUGAAACUAUCAGACGACAAUCCAAGUUGCAAACCAAGGCCCAGAAGCUUUUAGAAGCUCAAUCUGCUGUCUGGCAGAAGUUGGAUGGGUUAUUUCAGAAUACAAGAUGCAUGGUUACAUUUCUUAGUAACUCACAGUUUUGAUAUGUUUACUACACAUAUGCUGUGCGGCUUAUUUUGCCUUUUCACCGAGGUCUUUUGAUCUGAGAAAAGAGAUUUAUAUCGAAGAGUUCUCCACAUGCCACAUGGAAUAUGAGCCUGUAAUGUUUAACUUGGUGACAAUUGAAGAACACCAAGCAUUACAGAAAAUAGGAUAGAUUUUGAUGUAUUAGCCGAAUGAAGUGAAAUUUCGUCAGUUUUUGAUUAGUCCUAAAUUGACAAUUUGGUGGACAGCUCUCAAUGAAGUAAUGUUUUUUGGGUUUAAAUGAUACUGUAUUACUGUUGUAGCUCAGGCUCUUUUGGAUUACAAGCACACGUUUUGUGAA